CUGGACAACGUCACAUCCUGUUUUGUUACCAUCUUGCCAAGAAAACGCAGGCAGUUUGCAUUAACUGGGCCAAGUCCUCAGACUGGUCGACCGUCUCAUAACACAGGCCACAACUCGUGUGUGUACACAUCUCUUCUCUAUUAUCGAGUCCGCAGCCUCCAGCCCGAAUCUCCCGCCAAAACGAGACCAUUACCGACAAGCAAUCACAUCAACCCCUCCCUUCACAACCCCGCAAGCUGUUCACAAGUUCACCCCGACCGUGUCCUGAACGCACACCUGACAUGA